GUGUGGCGCUUGGCAACGUGUAAUGAUUCACAUCCAAACGCCAACCUUUUGCCUUUGGAGCGUUGAGAUGAUCCCAUCCGCCGGCAGUCCACACCGGCUCCGGGAUUGCCCGCAGAGCCGCAUUCCAAUGAUGGCCUUCGGAGCCUUCCUUCCAGCGUUUGCCUACUGCCUACACCAGCAUCACCGUCUAUCUCAUCUUCCCAAACAACCAUCGGGGUAGGCAGCAAGAUGGCGUCGAGACUCAUCCUCGUCAUCGGCGACCUCUUCAUCCCCGACCGCGCAAUAGACAUACCCGCAAAGUUCAAGAAACUCCUCACCCCCGGCAAAAUCGGCCAAGUGCUGUGUCUAGGCAACCUGACCGCACCCUCCGUCUACUCCUUCCUCCGCAACCUCGCCCCCGACGUGCAGCUCGUCAAAGGCGACUACGAUCUCCCUCUCACCUCCUCCAACCCCGCCGCACCCGCCGGUGCAAGCGCAGCACCAGAGAGCGGCUAUGCUGUCACUACUGCAUUAUCAAAAGUCGUCACACACGGUAGCCUGCGCAUAGGCUUCACCCAUGCAGACGCCAUCAUACCCCCAGGCGACCCCGACGCCUUACUCAUCUACGCACGUCAAAUGGAUGUGGAUGUAUUAUGUUGGGGAGGGACAUGUCGGUUCGAAGCAUACGAGAUGGAGGGCAAGUUCUUCGUCAAUCCCGGUAGCGCAACAGGCGCAGUGAGCUGGGUGGACGAAGGACUGGGUGGCAUGGGCGGAGGGGAGGAAGGCGCAAACGAUGCGAGUGAAGAGGAUGGGAAUGUCCCGAGUUUCGUGCUCAUGGAUGUGCAAGGCGAUGUGUUGGUGUUGUACGUGUAUCAGUUGCGGAAAGACAAGGAGGGCAAUGAGAGUGUGGGAGUGGAGAAGGUCAGUUUUCGGAAGGGUGUUGCUGGGGGUUGAAUGAAUGACAUUUUCGUCUACACGAAGCGACCAGAGCUGUCUUCGAUUCAUGUCGGUGUUGUUGCACGUCUGCAGCAGCGACCUUGCGCGGCGUAAGAUGACCUCACGUGCUCCACUUGCCAAGGGCCAUGAUGAAGCACAUUCGAAGACCACUUCCUCUAUCAUGAAAAAGAAGAAGUAGAGGAAAUGUAUGCGCCCUCCCGUACCUUCUAUCCAUCUUAUACAUGCCUGCCUAAUCCGGCCCCGUCGGCUGCAAGCACCAACCUGCCCGAUGCAGACGCGAUGCGGGGAAGGAGGCGGAGGGGA